AUGGACAUUACAAUCAUACUUAUUAUGCAACAACUCCCUGAUCUUGUAUGCCACGAAGGCGUCAAUGCAGGUGUACUUGAUGUGGUCCUCUAUGAGGCAUGUGUAUCCAAGUUUCUUAUUGAAGUUGUUAGCGACUACGAUGCCGAUGAAGAUGUGGUCCUCAUGCGCAAGGAAGUGCUUGAGGUUGUUGGAGAUGCUGUUGCUAGAACAGGAGAUGGAGGGCGAUUGUCGUGCAUGGAGCCUAAGCGGGUGGGGAAGUGGGGGCGUGAGCGGGAAUGGGAGUGGGAUGAUCUGGACAUGGUGAGGGAACGGGAGUGGGAAUUGUCUUUGGAGCAGGACCUGGAUGACAAACUGGCCAUGGAGUGGGAGAUCGAGCGGGUGAUUGGCCGGAGUCCAUUAUCUGGAACUGGAAUUGGGGAUCGACCAACGGCGAUCGGGCUGGUGAAGGUGUUCACGGAGGAAGCCUGGUCACGCUCGAGCCGCGUCGUCGAGCGUAGCGAUAUAGUUUCUCAAUCUCAACGCCGGGACAUCAUGGUCGAUCGUUGUGUACAGGCCAACGACUUCAAGACAUCUGGUGACAUCAAAGUGAAUCAGAUCAAAGAUCCAUCCGUGAAUAUUAUUACAGGUCCGCAGCAACCACUCGCGGAUACUACUGCCUCCGUCCCCCGCUGCACCCGCUGCUUUUCGUCUCCGCGCAGUCGUCCGAUGGCCAAGCGGCUCGCCGCCGCCGAGAAAGAGGUGCUAAUCGAGGUGGUGAGGUUCACGCAGAAGAACGGCCUGAGUGGCUGUGACGGCGGGUGGAAGGAUUUCCUGGCCCGGAACGACAGGAAGUUUGGCGCGUCGCUGAGCGACCCCAGGAAGCGCACCAGGGAUGUGCUGCUCGCCUUCGUGCAAACCUUCUACAAGGAUUUCCAGAAGUACUUCGGCAAAUUGGUGAAGCGUCAUAAGGAAAGAAGUGCCGUUCAGCAGUAUAUGACUGAUUUUCCUGACGAAGUUUCUCCCGAGCAGAAACUUGUUCAACUGACGGCAGAGCACCCGGAGUACAGAAAACACUAUUGCUUCCCAUCAUACCAGGAGGCUAAGUUGGACAUACUUGCAAACCCCUUGAAGACUAUAACUGACUAUAGGACACACAUCACUGGUGUAUCAAAGAAGGAUUUAGAAGGAGUCACAUCAUCAUUAGUUGAUGUUCAGAAAUCGCUGAAGAGAAUGUUAUCCAAAGAAAAUAUUUUGAUUGGCCAUAGCUUACAUAGAGAUUUAUGCGCCUUAAAGAUUGAUUACUCUCAAGUUAUUGAUACAGCAUACAUAUUUAAGUAUGCAAAUUUACCUACUACUGCAUCACCUUCCUUAAAAAGUUUGUGCAAGGUAUUGCCAUAA